UUUUUUUUUUUUUUGGUUCGUUUUACAUCCUGUCGAGAAUCCUUCAAUAAUAUUGAGACGUCACCAGUUGUAGGUGAAGUACCACAAAGGUGUUGCAUGUCAUUCUUUGGCAGCUUUUGCCAAACCCAAAGGGCCCAGGAGUCCUGAACAAACCCAAAGGGCCCAGGAGUCCUGAACAAACCCAAAGGGCCCAGGAGUCCUGAACAAACCCAAAGGGCCCAGGAGUCCUGAAAUUUACAAUUUUUGUCCCCCUUGUCCAAAAAAUGCUUCAUACCAAAUUUGAAAAGAAUUGGAAUGGUAGUUAGCAAGAAGUAAAAAAAAAAAACCCAACAAAAACUCACGACGGACAACAACGGAUGCUGACCAAUUGUAAUAAGUCACCCGAGUUUACUCAGUUUAGUUUACCGAGUUUAGAUAAAAACAAGACGACCACAGGCCUUAUUGCUCAGCGGAGUACUGGUUAAAAGUAUCACUAGGCCCAAGGCACAGGUUUCUGUAAAUGACUUAUGACCUCUGUAUACUAAUAAUAACACGUGUUAUUAUUUAGUAUACAGAGGUCAUAAGUCAUUUACAGAAACAAGUGCCUGUGGCCCAAGGUCUAUUAAAUAUAGAAAAAAAUUCCUAUUCUGCAUAUCUAAGUUAAAUCCCUCACGAAUAGCUCUUAUCCUUAAACGAAUUUGACUCCACUUUUUUGGCACACUGUUUUUGCCUAUAAUAGCUUUAAAACUUCAUUGUUAUUUCGGAUUUCAAACAUUUCGGUUGAGCAUCACUGAAGAGACAUAAUUUGUCGAAAUGCGCAUCUGGUGCAUCAAAAUUGGUACCGUACAAGUUUUACAUUCAGCAACAGCAUAAAACAAGAUAUGUUCUUAAAACUUAAAUGCCCCCCCCCCCCCCCCCCCCACCCGAAAGUGCCUACAAUGAUGAAAGACUUCACAUAAUAUAAUAUAUGUAACAUCACAGGAGUCUGAAUGAAAUAAAAAUAAAGGAAAAAAUUAUCCAAUCCGCAAAUUUUUUUUAUCCAUCAUCUUCUAUCAAAAUACACCAGGAUGGCAACGGAAUUAAAGGGGGGGGGGGCUCCGCUGAAGAAAAAAAAAUCAUCUCAGGUUUAGGAUUUUUAUUUCAAUCUAAUUGAUAAAACUUCAAACUCAUGUGGUAACAUUAACACAACAUGACUAAUUUGGACCCAUCCUAGAGUAAAACCCUAUACAUGUAUUGGUAUUUGAUCUUCUUGUCAGCAACACUUGCUUCAAGAAAUGUGACAGCCACCUAGCGACAUACAAGUCUGGAGGCGCAGCUACACAGAUUGACUUCAUCCUGUUUCGUAAGAACAUGCACAAACUUGUCACAGAUGUGAAGGUAAUCCCUGGUGAGGAAGUUACUCUACAGUGUCAGCUCCUAGUUUGUGACAUGUUGAAUGACAUGCCAUCCAAAGCCAAGCAAAAGUUCACACCUCGCCUGAAAGUCUGGAAACUCAAGGAUCAAGCAACUUGCAGAUACUUCCAGGAAGCAUUUGAAUCACAUGUAUCAGUCUCAGCAAUGGGAGCCGAAGCCACUACCGAGGAAAUCUGGACUAACUUCUAAACAGGUUUACUGAUGACAACUGAGAAGGUGUGUGGCAUAACAUGAUCCCACCGAUGGCGACAAGAAACUUGGUGGUGGACAAACCUUGUGGAACAGACCAUCACAGCUAAAAGGUUAGCUUACAAGGCCUGGAAGUCCGGAAAUGGCACAAGAGCAGAGUAUGAUGCGGCCAAGCGUACAUCUAGACCAGCAGUUCAUCCUGCUCGCUAUGAGGCAGAAAAGCAGAUAUACGAAAACGUAGAUACCAGGUCUUCAGAGGUACCGCCUUGCAAACCAGAUGCGAAGGGAGAAUGUUGAUGUUGUGGGCGACAAACAGUAAAGAAUGACGCAGGUGAGAUGUCAUUGAACCAAGAAACAUAGGAGAAAGCUUGGCUAGAGCACUAUGAAAGGCUCCUAAAUGUGGAAUUUGACUGGGACCCUGAACACCUAACCGAUGAACCACCACUGGAAGAGCCACCUGUCCCAAUCACAAUUGAUAUGGUGAAAAAGGCCAUCUCCAAGAUGAAGUCGGGUAAAGCAGCUGGACCAUCGGGAAUAGUAGUGGAGAUGAUCAGAGCCGCAGGUGACACAGGUGUAUCCAUGAUUCGUGACCUCGCAUCCUCAAUCGUCCGUGAUGGCAAGGUCCCCACUGACUGGGAGCAGAGGUUCAUUGUCUGCCUCUACAAGGGCAAGGGUGAUGAUCUGGAUAGGGGCAACUACCGUUGACUCAAACUGACAGAACAAGUUAUGCAAGUCCUGGAGAGGAUUGUGGACAGCCUCAUUAGGCAGUUGGUGACAAUUGAUCACUCCCAGUUUGGCUUUGUCCCUGGCAGAGGUACAACUGACGCAAUAUUUGUUGUUCGGCAGCUGCAAGAAAAAUAUCUUGCAGUAAACAAACGGCUCUAUAUGUCGUUCGUGGACCUCAAAAAGGCAUUUGACCGUGUCCCUCAGAAGGUGAUCUGGUGGGCACUGUGAAAACUUGGUGUGGAAGAGUGGAUUGUGCGACUGGUGCAGGGGAUGUAUGCCAAUACUCAUAGCUGUGUUCGCGUUGGUGAUGGCUACAGUGAGGAGUUUGUUGUGAAGGUCGGAAUCCAUCAGGGGUCAGUACUCAGCCCUCUGCUUUUCAUCAUCGUACUCGAGGCUCUUUCACGCGAAUUUCGCACCGGUGUUCCCUGGGAGGAUCUGUAUGCAGAUGACCUGGUUAUCAUUACUGACUCAUUGGAUGAAUGUGUCAAGAGGUUCCUGACUUGGAAAAAAGCUAUGGAAAGGAAAGGACUGAGAGUGAAUGCGGGCGAAACCAAGAUCAUGAUCUGCGGUACGGGUCUUGAUCUACUUCAGGACUCGGGCAGCUUCCCAUGUGCUGUCUGUCGUACAGGUGUAGGCAGCAAUAGUAUUUUCUGCAAUGGCUGCAAGCACUGGGUGCACAAGAAAUGCAGUGGGCUCAUGCGUCUGUCUGUGGACCCUGUCUUUAGAUGCUCAAGAUGCAGGGGAACAACGGCUCGCCCUCUUGACGGCAGGCCGCAGAGUGAUAUCCAAGUUGGAGGUUGUAGGUUCCUUCUGCUACCUCGGAGACUUGCUUUCCGCAGCAGGUACAAGACCCGUGGUCGAGUGUAUAACAACUGCGUACAGAGCGCUAUGCUCCAUGCCAGUAAGACCUGGGCACUGACCAAGCCAAAUCUUCAUCGCCUACAGCGCAAUGACAGGGCCAUGAUAAGACAGAUCUGCAACAUCAACUCUGAAGAUAUGGCCACUGUAGGUUCAACUGAAUUGCUGGGGCGGCUUGGCACCGAUGACCUCGACCUCAUCUUAAGGGAAAGGAGACUCCGCUGGUAUGGCCAUGUUGUCUUAUCCAGUAGUGCAGUCAAGUGCACUCUCAACAUACAAGUUCCUGGUAGACGUAGAGUUGGUCGGCCAAUGCUAUCAUGGAGAGAGCUGACGGAGAAAAAAUGGAGAUCUGAGGUGAGAUCUGCCAUGCGUGCAGCUAGCCAGAUACCUGGAAGGGGGCCCACUAGUGUGGACAAUACCCGUAAUUCUGCACGUAAAUAAAAAGGAGCCGACAACAACAACUGUUUUAUCAAUAUAUUCACCGUUGCAAACCACGCCUAAUGUACAUACAUACGGUACUCCCGGACUUAGUAAGUGUGACUAGCGUGGAUGCAAUAUACAUGUAUUUGGUUUAUUGUAUUAUAAACGAACCAAGCUAUUGACACAUUUAUAUCUGCUGAACAAUAUCAUAUUAGAAUUUGAAGAGUAAAGGUAUUUUAUUUCUAUAGGUAUAUGAUAUGGUUUGUAUGUAUUGUAGGUUUAUAGACUUUAGAUUUCAACUUGUGCUGCUAGUUUUUAUGAUAUCAUUACGUACAUGAUGUAAAUACUGUGAUAGUUUAUUGGACAAAGAAGUAGGUACAGUUUCUACUGUCCCAGAAAAUAGAUGAUUUCAGCAGGGGUCCCAAAAUCUGGCAUUCAAAUAAGGAAUAUAUAAGCAAAUCAAAACUACGUUUAAUUUGAUCCGAAAUUACUUUGUGUUGUAUGACAGGAGCGUGAAGUUGGCAUAAAAUUGCCAAAAAUGCCAAAAUCAAUGAAAAAUUCCAUAAAUUCAGGGUGUUUUCCUUUCAGAAAACACAGAGCCCAUGCGUCGAGCAAAUUCAUAUUCGAAUACAUUUUUCUUCUUCUCUUAAUACACAAUAUAUAUUAAUUGCAUUU